CACAGCCAGCUGCCAAUGAUUUUACUGUGUCCAUGUUCUACUACUUUCUCUUCGCUGCGUGAGGCUCAAGCUCCUGCGGUGCCUACUGAUCGAUACUGAUCUGCAGGAUAAGCUCUGUUUAUGUGUAGGAUUAGAGAGUGACUGUGUUGUGGGGGCUUGUGUCAGAGAGGACUUCUGUACUCGACUACUGUAUGGAUUGGUUUGAGGGAUCCCCUGGGCAGUUCAGGGACUUCAAGAAGGGCGACUUCGAGGCUAACUGGAUUAAGCUGGCGGAAUGCAGAUUUAAUCAGGUGUACCAGGUCAAGCUCAAAGUCUGGCGGGAAAAAUGUGCCCUGAAAAGCUUUGACACAACGUUGUGUGGAAACAACUUUUACAGAAGAAUAAUAGAAGAGGUGUCCAACAUGGCCAAAGUGAAAUUCAAGUAUAUUAUAUCAGUCUACGGACUGUGUAGUGAAGCGACGGCUGUGGUGAUGGAGUACAUGAGUAAUGGAUCACUGAACAAUCUCCUGGCCAGUCACACGUUGAUGUGGCCAAAGAAGUUCCAGCUGAUUCAUGAGGCCUCCAUGGGCAUGAAUUUCCUCCACAGUAUGAAACCUCCGCUACUCCAUCUCAACCUCAAGACGUCAAACAUCCUACUAGACGAUCAUCUCCAUGCCAAGAUUUCAGAUUUUGGUUUGAUCCACUGGGAAGAGGGCACGAGCAAGAAGUCGUUCAUGGAGCAUCUGACAGCAAGAGGGAACAUAAGCUACAUUCCGCCCGAGAUAUUCACUCAGUGCCCUGAUCCUCCAGGAACUUCUUUUGAUGUUUACAGCUUUGGAAUUAUGAUGUGGGAGAUUCUGACGCAGCACAAACCGUAUGCAGGGUGCAGCGUGACCACAGUGCUCUUGCAGGUAUCACACGGGAAGAGACCCUGUGUGGAGAUGAUACCCGAUCAGAAGCCCUACGAGUGUGAGCCAAUGAUCAGCAUCAUGCAGCAGUGUUGGGACCAGGAUCACUGGAAGAGGCCACAGUUCUCAGAUACUGUGAUGAAAACGGAGGCUCUGAGUGAAGUCAUGAAGAUCGCUGGACCAAUCCACAGCCACCAAAACGAAGAUAGGGACCAGACAACAGAUUAUUCUUUGCUGGUUCCCCCAGUACAUAAAAUUGCUUUGCAUGAUAUGCCUGCUCUCCCCUCAGAUGACCAACAUGCCACAUAUGGCAUCCUCUCUCUUUUGUCCAAGAAGGACUUUGGUAGUUUCAGACGGUCUGUGAAAAGGGAGCAUGUAUGCACACAGUUUUCAGGGGAAAGGAGGCUCCUUCACUACACGGUAGCCAGCGGAGAUGCGGAGAGUGUCGAGCGAGUCCUAAGUCUGGGUGCUGACGUCAACUGUGCCACUGCCAGGGGUUACAAUCCUCUUAUUAUUGCUGUUCUGCACAGGCUUCAUGAUAUCAUCCCUCUUUUGCUGGAACGCGGUGCAUCAGCUACCCAGGGAGAUGAGGACCAGUGGACAGCUCUACAUUUUGCUGCUCAGAAUGGCGACGACAGGACUGUACGUCUCCUUUUGGACAAAGGAGCUGUGGCGGAUGCCCGGGAAAAAACAGGCUGGAUGCCCCUCCACCUGGCCUGCCAGAACGGCCAUGAGACAGUGGCGCGCCUGCUGAUUUCACGGCUGUCAGAGGUAGUAGUCAGAGAACGGCAGGAGGCGCGAGGGAGGACGGCGCUCCAUCUCGCCUCUGCCUACGGGCAUCUGAAUAUUGCCAAGCUCCUCCUCACGAAGGGAGCAGAUCCCAAUGUUACCGACUGCUCUCUUUUCACUUCUCUUCACUUGUCAGCUGAGGAAGGCCAUAACAGAGUAGUACGAGAGUUGCUGAAGAGUGGGGCGAGUGCUGAGAGUGCAGACAGCAGGGGAUACACUGCACUUCACCUGGCUGCUCUGAAGGGUCAUACAGGCAUAUGCAGGCAGCUGUUGUCAAACGGAGCCAGCCCAGACUCCAGGACCCUCCAAGGCUGGACUCCCAUGCACCUUGCUGCCCUGAGGGGCCAUGAAGCCACGGUGGUCCAGCUGGAGAGUCACGGUGGCUGUGUUAAUGCUACGGGUGAGAAUGGAUGGACCCCACUCCACCUUGCCUGCCACCACAGCAAAUCGGAAGUGGCGGCAAAGCUCCUGCUAGCCAGAGCCGACCCAAACGUGCCGGAGGAGCGUACAGGAUGGACCCCGCUACAUGUUGCUUGUAGCAGUGUCAGUUUUCCAUGUGUCCUCCAGUUGAUAUCAAAUCAUGCAGAUGUCAAUGCAGUAAACUCGGCAAAGGCGACACCUUUACACUUGGCUGCCCAGCAGGGUUGUGUGCCAAUUGUAAAGGCUCUGCUGCUGAAUGGAGCAGACAGGACACUGCUGGAUUCUUCUGGAUCCACGGCUCUCACUUUGGCUCAGAGGUGUGAAAAAUGGGAAAUAGUGCAGCUACUGGAGAAGAGCUCUUGGUAAAGCAAUUUGAAAGGAAAGGAUAACGAUACACUAAAAACAUCAGUGACACAGCUGGAAUAUCAUUAUCUUUUUGAGAUUUAACAAGGCACCUUUAAGAGAGAUUCAGAAAAUAUUUUUAAAUUUCUUUUCUUUUUUAAAAGAAAUAUAUAACACAGCACAACUGAAAUGCACAAAUAGCAUUUGAACCAUUGCAUCUGUCUAUUUAUCCCAAUUCAUUUCUCAUGUACAUAUGCCUUAGAGCCCCUUACAUUUUGUUGUCAAAUCAUUGUAUAAUAAAAAAAUUUUGCUAUUUUGUUUUUGAAAAAGCAGCUAUUUUUUAAUUCAUCUAACUACUUAACCUAUAAUGUUUUACAACUGAUUUUUGCCAAGUCAGGCAUUUCUUUUGAAAAUAAUCCUGUAUAAUACCCUGUAAAACCCCACAGGGUGAGUCAACACAUGGGGUCAGAAUCAGGUGAAGUAGACUAUAAUGGCAAAAAUACAUCGAUUCCCCUCUUUGAAUCACCUUGAUUAUUAAUGUUUGCUUUCCUCGUGAACAGAGUGCUGCUCCCACAUAUGGUCUAAAAUGAGUCUAUAAAUAUGCUGCUGCUGUAAUGACUUAUAGAGAUUUAUUUGAUUAAACCUGUCAAAUCUUA